GUUGCUUAUAAUGGAACUUCGAAAAGGCAGAGUAGGUGGCAGACCUAUGGGAAGAUGGCGGCUUUGAGAUGGUGUAGCGGUGCCCUCCGCUCUGUGUGUAGAGGUGGGAUCUCUAUACCAGAGGUAAGGAGCAGCUGCCAAUACAACAGACUUAAACUCGCCCAAAAGGAAUGUUACCGGCCUGUAAUUCACAGUGUCACUAUUCAGCAAGCAAGGUUCACAAGCAGUUUCUUCAACAAAUUGACGGCAGAUGAGCUAUGGAAAGGAAUGUUGGCUGAGACUGGUGUUGGCUCUCGAAAGGGAAGAGGUAAAAGAACCAAGAAGAGGCUUAAAAAGAAUCUCAACUUUGGACAGUAUAUUGGAGAAGGGAAAUCUGGAUUUCUGUGGCCAGGUUUGAAUGCGCCUUUAAUGGCAAGUGGGAAACCGUUGUCUAUAGCGAAGAGGGACAAACAACAGAUGGACGACAUACAAGCUAAAAUAAUUGAGGAUAGAGACAAUAUGGACAAGAAAAGAAAGACCAGAGUUAAAAGAGAGCGAGGUUGGACUGGUAGAAGCUGGGGAGGCAUUAGCAUUGGACAUCCAGAUCCAGGUCCUAAUGGAGAGACAUAUGAAGAUUUUGACUCAAGAGUGAUUGAGCUGAAAGGUGUUUUUAAUAUGACUGCCAAGGAAGGAAGAAAGAGAACUACAAGUGCUUUAGUGAUUGUUGGAAAUGGCAAGGGAGCUGCUGGAUUUGCUGUUGGAAAAGCCAGCGACCGACUAGUAGCACUGCGAAAAGCAAAGAACAGAGCUGUACAAUAUCUACAUUACAUAGAGCGAUACAACGAUCACACAAUAUUCCAGGACAUCACAACAACGUUUAAGAGAACAACAAUUAAAAUGAGGAAACAAAAUGCUGGUUAUGGCCUUCACUGUCAUAGAGCAAUAAUUACCAUUUGCAAGUUAAUUGGUAUCAAAGAUAUGUACGCAAAGUUAAGUGGUUCCAAUAAUCUGCUAAACCUCACAACGGCGCUGUUUCUGGGGCUGGCACAGCAGGAAACUCAUCAAGACCUAGCCAAUAGGAAACGCCUGCAUGUUGUGGAGUUCAGAGAGGAUCGUGGUCCUUUCCCCCAAAUUGUAGCAUCACCUCACGGUGCACUCUCCACUGUUCCAGAGCCCGAAGGAGAGAUCCCGGAUACCAAGCUAGACUGGGAUGAAGUGAAACUAACCCAGGGAUUAAAACGUUCCAUCUGGGCCAAUGUGAAAAGGACAAUUUGGUGAAGGCAAGAAUAAAAAUGUCAGUCUUGAAUAUUUAAUGCAAGCCAUCUUCAUUUUUUUUUCUUUACCAAAUAUGAUGAAGCCAAAAUAUUUGUGUUCAUUUCAUUUCUCAGCUCACUUGAUGUGAGAUACCAGAAACAAGAAUUAAACCAUGCGACAUAAUAAAGAACAAUACUUUGUUUGCCAUCA